UUAUUUUAUGACAGUUGUGGUUUAUGAUUUGAAAAGAUUUGUCUAGGUUUAUUGUUUUUUGUACGAUUUUAUCAUGAACUGAAAAAUGUUUGAAUAAGAUUCUCGUCUUAUAUAACUAUAUAUGUUUUACUGAAACAAUGUGUUAAAAAAUAAGUGAAUAUGAAUAAAUUUCUGUUGUAUUUAAUUUCAAUUGUGAGUUUGGUUUUUAUUUUUGUUUCCUGGAUAUUGCCUCUUAUACUUUCAUGGAUAUUUGAAAAGAAGUUUCAAAUUUCCGUUCGAAUUGGCAGGAUAGCCUUUCCUUAUUUGAAACUUUGCAACAUUCAAAUCAUAAAAAAUGGAUUUCAUAUACAUAUCGAAGAAAUAGGUAUAAAAAGUAGUUUUUUGAAUUCCGACUUGACCAAAUUGGUUACCCUAGUUGUAAAAGAUGUGAGAAUUAAUAAAGAUAUAGGUGAGGAAGAUGAAGCAACUUUGACAAAGGAAAAGAAAAUGUAUAAACCCUUAGAUUUCCGAGAUAAACAGGUUCCAAAGUUGAUAAAUACAUUUGUACAGUUCACUGCAGUACAUAUUUACUCAAUUUCCGCUAUGCUUUUGAGGGUAAGAGAUCCUGGUUGUCUCAUCCAUUCAUCUGCUAGUGAGCUCCAUAUUGAUGGUAAUAUUUUCAAAAAUGCUAAGUCCUUGCUUCUUACUUUGAAUUUGAUGGAUGCUUCGGCUAAGGUAUUAAGGCAUGCUGAAAAGGACAAUAAAGAAACAUGUUUGGCAGAGUUUGGAUUUGGGAUUUCUUUAGAAACAAUUCUAGUAGCUCAAGGACCCCUCUCAGUAGAGAAAUUGGAUGUAAAAGUGCUCAAAACUAGCGUACAAAUCAAAGAUGGAUUUUACAACUUAGGUAGCUCUAGUAAUAAUAGAAUAGCUACAAGAAAAGUCCAAAAUGAUGAGCUUUUUGAAAGAAUUUUUCCUAUAAUACCAAAGAAUUGUUCUAUAAGAAUAGAUGAUACUUCUUUGAAAGGCAUUAGAGAAAACUGUCAGGUAGAGUAUAGCUCCAGUCUUAAGAGUGUUAUUUUAACCUACAAGACAAUCAAACCUGAAGAAGAAAAUUCCGAAGAAGGACCCAUAAUUUUUGCCUUCUACUUGAACAAUCUACAGCUUCAAAAUAACCGAGAAAAAUUACUGAUUCUAAAUAGUCUGAAAAUAGAUGCCAAGCUUAAAAAGUACGUGAUAAAUUUAUAUCUUCAUUUGAACACCUUACUCAUAACUUAUGUGCACACAGUGAUCUAUAGAUGGAUAUAUGAGAAUUUUUUGAAAGCUUAUCAUACAAAUAGUUCAAGAAACCUAACUCAACCCCAACAUAUUUCUCAAUCAAAUUUCGAGAGGAUGCUGAAAAAAUUGACAAUUAACAUUUGCGCUGAAUUUUGCCACGUUUCUGCUCUAUUCCAAUUGAAUAAGCGAAAUUCAUCGAUUGGAUUCAAACAUUUGAGACUUAUGCUGGAUCAGGCACAAGAGAGAAGAACAGAUGGCUCCUAUAUAUCUCGUUUACCCAAUCUCAUCUUGGACAGUAGGCAUUGGCAAAUUGAGGUCCUGCUUGAGUCUUUUUGGUGGUCCUUCAAAGAGAAUGGUCAUGAGUUUAACAAUCCUAAGGUGACACACGUUUGGGGUACACCAGCCUACGUUGGCAUGUGUCUUUUUAAACUCAAGACGACAGAGGGAUCAUCAGAAAUAAAAAUCGGAUCUUUAGUCGAUACUGUACAGUUGGAAUGGUCUCUUGAACUCGCCGAUUAUAUUUUAGUCGCUAUAAGAUGCAUGAAGCAAUAUAACCUCCCUAAACCUCGUGAAACGAAACAAAUUGGAAAAUCCCCAGAUUUUUCGGCGUUUUCUUUGAAUCUAGCCGCUUCGCAUUUCAAUUUCUUCUUCCAGUCGCAAAAUUCAGAGUAUUUUGUGUUUAGAUUGAAUCUCCUGAAGUACGAUCGGAAUUCCAUUUCUAACAUAGUACAAUUUGAGGAAUUCAAAAUAUUCAAUUUGAUAAAUGCCGGUGACUAUUAUUCUUGUAUGAGGACUGAGGACAUAUCAAACUUCAAGGCUUUUGUGAAGAUGAUCAAUAUGGAAUUCGGUAGAGAUAGUAAUCAAUUUUACUUGGAAUCGGAGGAUGAAGUAAUAUUUUACUGGUCUACAAACUUGCAUCUCAAAGCGUUCUUACUCUAUAAAGAUAUAACAGAGUUUUUGGAAAGCUUGAAGGAAGAAUUAGCAUUAGAUUUCGAAGAUUCCAAUGCUGAUUACAAAACUGCCAUGAAAUUCAUCCUGAAAGGGUGCUUCUGCUUCAACAUAGAAAUUUCCGACAAACAUUCGGCCAAGUUAUCAUUUUUCGAUACAGAAAUUGACACAGAUAACAUACUCGGGUUAUCUUUACUGGUAGAUACUAUCCUCUUAGCGAUAGAUAAUUCGGACAUUUUCACAAUAAGCGGCUUCAAAAUGUGUGGUUUGCAAGAUCAUCCCCUGGUACGUCAGGAAAGAUUAGAUGCUGAAAAUCUGCAUCUGCCUUGGAAUGAUACAUGGAAUAUCUCUCUGGAUUUGUUCAAAGCUGUGUUUCCCUAUAAUCAUAAUUACGCCGAAGCCGUGCAAAAUCAACUUUUAUCUGUCAUUAAAUGGCUGAAAAUACUGCAUAACCUCAAAAAGGGGCCUUUUGAAGAAGGCAGAAUGUUACCCAGAGACCUCAUAAUAAAUGUUAACGAAUUUUUGUUUGAAAUGAGCGAUGAUCCGUUCGAGGUGAAAUUAAGGGAUAAUUUCGAGCUUCUAGUAGAUGAAUACAAUGAAAGCUUGAAAAGGCAGAAAGUGCUUAAGGAGAAGGUGGCUCAGCUCUGUAAGAUUUACUUGCACUUACCGGCAGGCACGGUGGACGAUCUUUUCUCUAAAUUAAAGCAGAAAAACGCGGAAAUAUACAUUCAGCGUUCUAAACAGAUGCAGCAAACGGCGGCUAGAACCAGAUUGUUCGCUUGGAACAUGACGAAAUUGGAAAUUAUCGUGUUGGCGGAUCCUUCGAUGUAUGGGUUGAACAACGUGAUCAAUAUGAUGCGAGAAAUAGAUUCGGAUGCUCCAUGGCCAGAGGAAGGUAUUGAAUUUUCCACGCUCUGGUGUAGAAUCGUUUCGUUGAGGUGUAGGGAGUGGAAAUUUCAGCUCAGGGAUUUUCCGCAGCCUCUGAUGGAUAUAAGGCAAUUUUUCAUCAAUGGAACACUUAUUGGAGCUGAGCAACAAGCGCCCAGAAGGGCUGUUCGAACAGUGAAAGUAGAAUUAGGCGAGCCAUUCGAGCCUUUCUAUGUUGAAAGAGGAAUGCUCCCAAUGAAGUUCUACCACGAUUUCAACUGCGAAGUGAAGUCUUACAGAUACGCUUUCGGACCAUGCUGGGAGCCAGUCAUAGCAAUGUGCAACUUGUGUUUCGAGAAAAUAAUCCCUCCAUCGAGAGAUCCAUCACCCCCCUUACCGUUCUGGGACAAAAUGAGGCUUUUUUUGCACGGUAGACUCACGAUGGUUGUCGAUCAGCUCACGGUUCUACUACACGCCUCUUUGGAUCCUUACAACACGACGGAGGAGAUGGAGCUGACCUGGAACAACCUGAUAAUGGACUGGACGAACGCGAAAUUCAUCUAUAAGGGAGACCUCAACAUAUUCGUGAGAACCGCGUCGAAAUACGACGAUUGUCAGUUGUUGCACUUGCCGAAUCUGAAACUUAUCCUGGGCAUAAAGUGGAACUGCUUGAGCGACCCCAACGACCACCACAAUGUCGUCCAAUGCGCCCCGGAUAAAAUCCCGGAGUACUCUAGUAACCAAGUGCACGAUUCUUUCCGAGCGUUCAGAUCUCAAAACGUGAGUCUCAGCAUAGUGCUGGAGACCCGCCCUCCCACUCCCCAACAUCCCUCGGUCAGCUUCGACAAUCCCACCCUGGUCCUGUACGGUAGCACCUUACGUUGGAUAGAAAACCUCAAGCUGAUUCUUUCUGGGGUGACCAGACCAACCAAGCGGGGCCGUAUAUUCGCCAACGUGAGACCGAGAAAAAUUCAACUCAGCAGGCAUUACAAGAAGGUUCACCUCAUCGUCGGCCUGCAUAAGUUUCAAGUCUGCUACUGGCUGUCCUACGCGAUGCAGAGAGGUUGCGAGAUGUUGGGAGACAGACUGUCGUCUACCUCAGAGCACGUUCUCUCUCUAGUGCCGGUAGACGACGGCCUCAAACACCGCCCGAAGGCGGAGUGGUCCAUCCUCUACAUGACCUCCUACCUCAACGACUCCGAGAUCUGGCUCAAGAGCGCCUUACACGACGAUACGGACGCGGAGAAGGUGGCGGUGACACCCCAACAGCCCGUCGAGAAGUGUUUCUGUCUCUCGGUGGCCAAAGUGUCCUACGGACGCGAGGCAGUGGUGCCAACCUUGGACUUCAACGACAGGAACAAGGACACGCCCACCCAUAGACUGGUCGUUUACGAUCUGAAGGGGGCGUGGACCAAGAGCAACAGGAACGUGGCGUUGGCGUUGUACGAUACGUUCAUGAAGAGUAGGCAAUUGAAGAAGAAUCUUUCCACGGAUCUAUUGAAGAUAUUCAGGAAAGAUAACAAUAGUACUCCCCUGAAAAGAAGGAACACUAGUGAGUGUCCGGGCACACCUCCAAAUGCUUCUUCUUUACAGGGUCUUCAGGCUUCCACCUCCGUUCAGGAUGGCACUCCGGGUAGUCAAGGCACCAAGUUGCAAAUGGGACACGCGGCAAACAUGUUGCAACAGCUUAUAGCCGAGGCCGAGAAUAAUUCAGUGGUAUACAGCGACGAUCUGUCCGCGACGAGGCAGCAGCAUCUGCAGGGUUUGCAAGCCUGUCAAGAGGACGACGUCCAAUACAAAAAUUGGCAGAUUUCCCUGGUGAACGCCCAAGUUCUUCUGAAGGGCUGCGAGACCAAAGGUUACGUUAUUCUAAGUGCUGCUAAGGCUGAUAUCCUUCAGAGAAUACACAGGCCGGCUUGGAAGGAUAGGACGUUGGUGACCAAAACGACUUGGACUGGACUUUUAGAGUGUAUGCAGUAUUACGCAACAGUGAACGCUGGUGAAAACGACUGCUUUAAUGAAAAUAUAAUGUGGUUAACGAUAAAUAACAUACAAGAGAAGGAAUCCACUCAGAUCUCGGAACCUUCCGAGGUGCCGAACAUGGUGGGCAGUGGCGUAUCGGUGGGGGCUGUGGUAAGUGACACAGUGGGGCCGACGAAUUCUAGUCAGGUACGAACGGAUAAGACGCUGCGUCUAUGUGUCGGUGUAACCGUGCUCGAUUUUCAGUUACAAAGAAUCGUUUCGAGGUGUAAAUGCGAAUUUUUCUACGCGAACUACGGGGAUAUCAGCGUGGAUCCCGAGAAUCUUUGCGAGGUGCCUCCGCCACCCCAAGACGAGGUAGAUCCCUGGAACAAGAGCCAGGGGGCCGUCGACGCUUUCACGCUCAUGCAUCACGACUUGGAAGUCUGCACAAAUUCUUUGCAGUACGCGAUGCUGUUGGAUAUCGUCAACAAUCUUCUUCUGUACGUGGAACCUCACAGGAAGGAGGCCCUGGAGAAACUGGCCAGGAUGCGGUUUCAGCUACAGCUGCACAGCGUCGAGGACCAGAGAAAACCGAUACAAAAUCAACAGACGGUCGUUAGGACGACGAUUAGUAAACUCAGAAGAUUGGAAAAAAAUUCUUAUUUGAUAAGUAAGGCUCUGGCUGAAAACCCGGACGAUAUGGAACUGUUGAACGAACUGAAUGCGUUGCUCAAAGAAGUAGAUGAUUGUAAAAAUCAGCUCAACGCCGAAAGCGAGGAACUGGACAUGAUGUUGUCGUGCUUCAAGGAGGGACAACUGUUGGCUAACAGCAGGCUUGCCACCACGAGAAGCGACAAGCCGGUGACAGUUGUCAGAUCUAACGAGAUCUGCUUCAAACACGCCCAGUGGAGGCUGACUGAAGCCGAUGGUCUGAUUGGUAUCGCCGAUUUGGUUUUGAGCAACUUUCUGUAUACGAAAAAAUCGAACAGUGACGACUCAGUUGUACAUCUGUUGGAGUUGGGUUAUCUGAGAAUGACGAAUUUGCUACCUAAUGAGAUUUACAAAGAAGUCAUAUGUCCCACGGAGAUACAGUUUGAAAUGCCUAUAGAGCAUAAGAAAGUUCUCAGGAUUUUCUGCAGGGAAAAACCACCAGUGGGAGGUAUAUCUGUGAAAGAACAUUUCGAAAUCAAUUUAGUCCCUUUGAAAAUUGAACUUACAAAGAAAUUCUACAAUACCAUGAUGAAGUUCUGCUUCCCGGAAAGAGAUACAGAACACCCAGAGUACUCCGACAGAAUGUCCGAUGACGGAGAAUUAGAAAGCAAGGGUCAUAAAAAGACAAAAGGAAACAAGAAGAACAGAGAUUCCAACUUCUACGUCCCGAUAGACGACGUGGAAAUAAUGAAGGAAAGGGCGGAGAAGAAUAAACUGUUUGUUUACAUCAAGAUCCCGGAGGUACCCAUACGGUUGAGCUACAAAGGUUCUAAGGAGAAGAACCUGGAGGAUUUGAGGGACAUAUCGUUGGUCAUACCGACGUUGGAGUACCAUAACAUGACUUGGACUUGGUUGGAUCUCCUGAUGGCGAUCAGGAACGACAGCAAGAGCAUUUCUGUGGUUUCGCAGGCUAUCAAGCAGAAACUCAUCAAGAGGAAAACCGGUUCUUCCGAAGAAAGUUCUUCCCCACAAGAGGAGGAUAAAGCGAGAAUGCUUUUCGGAGAGAGACAUGCUCCAGAGAAUAAGAGCAUCAGGAAGGGAGUGGGCGGAGUGUUUAAAUUCGGGAAAGGCACUUGAAAGUUACCCUGGGUGGGUAAGUUGAGGAAGUCUUAGUAUGGAUGACUGCAAGAGUUCAAUCGCCAGUAUUAAAUGGAAGUCGUAGGAUUAAUGUAAUUGUGAAAGCGAAUAUGCUUAUGAGAUUAUUUAUUCCAUGUUAUGUAUAAUAUAGAAGUAUUUUUUAUUGAAUGAAAAUAUUCGUAA